AUGAAGGAGAAGUAUUCGGCAUCAAUUGGUGAUGAUAUAUCCACAGUUGAGCGCAAUUCUCAGGAUCCCAAUAGUGAUGGUGGAGAGUUCGUGUCUGGUGGUCGUUUCAUUAACACCGACGAUCCUUUCCCCCUCGAUCCCAAUGCCCCUGUAGAAGAGAGACAGUUGACCAUCAGGGCUCUGCUUGUCGGCUGCCUACUAGGGGCAGUUAUUUCUGCAAGCAACGUUUAUUUAGGUUUGAAGACGGGGUGGACCUUCGGAGCGUCACUGUUUGGAUCAAUAUUUGGCUUCGCUAUCCUCAAGCCCUUUUCUACCACAGCACCACGCUGGCUUGGAGGUGGCUAUUUCGGUCCCAAGGAAAAUAAUGUGUGCCAAUCUGCAGCGUCUGCUGCUGGUAGUCUUGGAUUGCUUUUCACCUCUGGCUUUCCUGCUGCGUACCAGCUCGGUCUUCUCAGCGCAAGUCCUCGGGAUGAUAUUGGUCGACUAUUCACGUUUACUAUUUGCUGCGCUUUCUUUGGUCUUGCAUUUUCCAUCCCGCUCCGGAAAUUCUAUAUUUUGAAGCUCAAGCUCGUGUUUCCUUCCGGUGUUGCCGCAGCGUACACCAUUCGCUCGCUCCACGUGGGCAAAAACGCUGCGAUGGACGCUAAAAAGAAGACCAAAGCAUUGAUAAUCUCCUUCUGCUUUGCGAUCACUCUGCGCGUCGUCAGCGAAUAUGCUCCUGGGCUUCUUUGGGACUGGCAUAUUUUUUAUGCGCUCAAUCGACUGGGGUGGAAAUUCAUCAUUACCGCAGAGAGUUGGGGGUGGAUUUGGGAGUGGACGCCGGCGUUCAUUGGUGCAGGGAUGCUCACAGGUAUCAACUCAUCGUAUAGUUUCUUGGGUGGUAGCUUCCUUGCGUGGGCUAUCAUCGGACCUGUGAUUGUUCAUACGGGCAAAGCCUUUGGUAUUCCGGCAGUUACAUCUGUCCCUGGGCAGAUGAAUUACGCAUCCAUGUCCUUGACCGAUCCUAUUAACCACCCGUCGCCGCGCUACUGGCUGGUCUGGCCCGGCACACUCAUGUUACUGUGCACGAGUUUCACCGAAGUUGCCUGCAACUGGAAGUCCAUUUAUUCGGCCGCGCGUUUUGCGAUGGGUGCCCUCACGGAACGGUUCCACGGAAAUUCGUAUGAAACGACCGAUACAGAAGAGAUCGUGGAUCCUGUACCACCCGAAGAUCGGGUUCCAUUCUGGCUCUGGGGUGGUGUGCUCGUUGCUAGCAUCAUAGUCACGUGUCUUGUCAUGGGUGUUCAGUAUGGCCAGAACGUUGGUAUCACAAUUCUCGCCAUUGUAUUCGCAUUCAUAUUUAGCUUCAUUGGAUGUGAGAGUGCUGGCCGCACAAACAUUAAUCCGGUGACAUCUAUUGGUAAUGCUUCUCAACUGAUUUUUGGUGGUAUUGGCAAAGGGCAAGGGUACUCAGUUAAGAGAGGAGAGCUCUUGAAUUCGUUAUCAGGAAUGCUUGCUUUGGGUAUCCGCUCACAAAUACUCAUUUGCCGCGUAGCCGCUGAUAUGAUUAGCGAUCUCAAAGCGACCCAUCUUCUUAGGGCGUCCCCAAAAGCUGUCUUUUGCGGCCAGCUGACCGGCGCCAUCGUGUCUAUCUUUAUGGCCGCUGGUGUCUAUAUUGUUUUCUCGACUGCGUAUCCAUGCAUCAAUGAUCUCUCCUACACUACUUGCAGCUUCCCAACACCUGACGUGCAAUCUUGGAGGGCAGUCGGAGUUGCGGUCUCAUCGUCAACCCUUCCUAUCCCACCGUCAUCAGGGUAUACAGCGAUAGGGCUGGGAAUCGCGGCUGUGAUUUCGGUUGUGGCGAAGCACACUGUUGUCCCGCCAAAAUAUCAUAUUUGGGUUCCGAACUUUAAUGCUAUCGGCAUCGGUUUCAUCAUGAAUGUAUGCACCUAUCCCUUGGCCAUGUUCUUCGGCUCUACAAUCGCUUUCUUCUGGCGCAGAAUGUUCUUCAACCACUAUGAGAUGUAUUGUUUCGCUGUAGCUGCCGGUUUCAUUGCUGGAGAGGGUCUGGGCGGCAUUGUGAAUGCAGUAUUGACGAUUGUAGGAGUUUCUGGUGCCGUACACGGAACUACAGUUGGCUGUCCGGGGGGGCUGUAUUGCGGCUAA